AUGCCCUCUGUUCUCCUGGCCCGCACCUUCGGGUCGGGCAGCAUCCCAUCGCCUCAUGCCACAUCGACGGCACCGGCACCACCACGCACCUUCCUAAGGAGCCUCGCGGAGCAUGACGCGUUUCCCGCCGACAUCACCGCCGGCCUUGGUCUCAGUGGCGGGCCCGCAGGUUCGACGCCACCCUCCGACGAGGCUCUGCAGUCGCUCAAGAGCUUCGUCCGCGACCUCUUCUUCUUCAACAUCGGCGGAGCAGCGCAGAUCCAGCUUCUCUCGACCGCGUGCUUCAUCGCUGUCCUGUUCAUCUCUGGUUCCAUCCUGUUCGCGUACAAACUGUAUAAGCGCAAGUUCUGGGUGUUUCGCUUCACGAGGAGGGCCGAGGGCAUCUACAUUGUCCCCAACGCUCUCAACAGCUUCCUACUCAUCCAGGGCUGCUUUGCGAUCGUGCUCAUCGCCUACAACGCCAUCACUUGGCGACUCACCCGCAACGAGGUGCCGCGCUUUGUUGACGGCAUCCUUCUCUGGGCCACCUUGACCUGGAUCCCUCUGUACAUUGGCGCCUUCUGGGCAGGAUGGGGCUCCUUCUACACUGCCCCAGGCGCGCUCGACAAAACGAGCUCUUCGGAUCGCGGCAGGGUCGCCCGGGUCCUCGGCCUGCUGCCCAAGCCCCUGCUCAUCAACUUCAUCUGCCUAGGCACGCCGCUGGUCCUCAUCGCCUCGGUGCUGCCGCCAAGCAUUCUCGGCCAGAAGCGCUUCUCCGGCACCUACGACGAAUACGUCGAAUGGCUCAGCUAUGCCAACAGCCUCUCGGCCGCCGACGGCUCUCUCGACGCUGCCUCGGCCCACACGGUCGUCGAGCGCGCCAGCACCAUUUGGGACGGCGUCAGCAAGUCGAUCUGGUAUGCCGAGAUCGCCUUCACGCUCUGGAGCUUCUGGUCGGUGGUCUUCCUGGCCUUUUACAUCCCAGCAGGCGGCUACCUUGUCUACUUGCUGUAUCAGCAGGUCCAGAAGCAAAAGGCGCUCUUCAACGCCAACCAGCAGCAAAACCAUCAGCAGCAGCAGCAGACGGCGCAGCAACGCACCUUUUCAACGGGCGGGGCCGCCGGCGCCUCUCCGGGCGAUGGCUGCUCCGAUACCGUGUCGGAGAGGACGGCUCGUCCCAGCGAACAAGCUGCCCCCAAGCUCAAGACGCCUCGGCCCAGGUUUGGCGGCAAGGGCUCGCCGGAGCAGUUCCAGCCGCUGGCACUGCCGCCCCUGGGCGACGAAGCCGUCGGAGAUGAGGAGGGGCGACGCGUCCAAGGCGGCGACAGCCAGGACAGCUCGACAGCCGUUCCCGACGACGGCCUGUCCCCGCCCAAUUCGCCCUUUGCGCUGCGCCACCCGCGUCGCAGAGUUAAGGCCGAGGUGCGCGACAUCUUCUUUCCGCCCCUGCGUCCGGAGCUGAAGCGCCUGGCGACGCGACGGCUCAGCUCGCACGCAUCGCCCUCGUCGCGCUUCCGCUACCUGCGCAGAUGCAUGCUCAACCUCAUCGUCCUCUACCUCGGCAUCAUAUCGGGAGCCCUUAUGUUCUCGUACGUCACCAUCCGGCUCGCCGCCGGCCUUUACGAGGCCAUGCUGCGCGGUCCGGGACCGUUCGCCAAGCUCUGGCGAGAGGGCACGCUGGUGGCGAGCUACGCCUCGUGCGUGUUUGGCUUCCUCACCAUCGGCGCCAUUGUGCUGCGCAGCGUCGACUCGGAAACGCCGUCGCGCGACGCGUCCUCCAAGGGGAGCGGCGGCAACAAGGACCGAAUCGCGCGGUUCGCACGCCGCCAUAGCGGUGGCGGCGGCGGCGGCGGGGGCGAAGACGACGUCGAUGGCCGCCGCGAUGGCAACACGAACGUCAACGGCGAAAAGACCAGGACGCUGCCCGCCGUUCCCGAGAGCGUGGGCGUCGACACGACGCAGCACGAGGCGUCCAAGGCGCAGUACGGCGGCGAGCUCGAGGACGGCAUCAAGUUUUCGCUCGGCACCGACAGCGUCCACCCGGGAGCGCUGGUGUUGCGUCCGGACGACCCGAUGACGAGCACAGCCUCGGUGACGCCCGAGAUGGACCAGGGCGGCUUUCCAAGGCAGAGCGGGUCGCCGAACACGUCGUCUGGCGGCAACUCGCCGCAGACCGGUUCGGGCACCGAGGCCAAGCAGCAGCAGCAGCGCAAGCACGGAAACAUCUUCUCGGUUCCGCGCGGCAACCGACCUUGGGCGGGCUCCAACAGCAAGAUUGUCGAGGAGCCCAACGAGCGCGCUUCCGAAGACGGGGGAAGAGGAGAGAUGCAGGAGGUGGUGCCCUCUUCCCCACAAGCCUUCUACCCAACGCCUUACGGCGUCGUGGCGGGGCCGUCGUCGCAGAACGGUCACGGCGGCAGCCUGCGCGCCAACCAGCCCGUAUCGCCCGCAAUCGGCCGAUCACCUUCGAUGAACAGCUUGGCGCAGAUUGCGGCCAAGCACGCCGAAGAGCAGCAGCAGCAGCAGCAGCAGCAGCAGCAGCAGCAGCAACAAUUCGGAACGCCCAAGCAGGUCGACGGGCUGUUCAAGUCGUCCGAGGUCAUCGAGGAAGGCGAGAGCGAGGACAUCGCCGACAUUCCUGGGCGGACGUGGGUGCGGCGCUCGUCGAGGAGCGGUGCGACGGACACGAUUGCGUCGCAGAUUGCCCGCGAUUGGCAGGCUUCGCAGUACAUGCGCGCCCCGCUACCCGCCACGCCGCUGCAGCCGCAGCAGCAGCUGCCUCCUUCGACGCCACCAGCAUCCUCUUCGUCGUGCUUCCUGAUGGAUCUGCCGCUGGACGCGCCGAGCACUCCCUCGCAUGUCCCGCGGAUCCGGUCGACGCUGCCGCACGAGCCCCUAGAACCGUCCGACGACCGUUUCGAUGCGGCAGGCGGCCACGGUGACGAGGCCAUCUUUGGAUCGCCCAAUAGCGCACGGUCGAUGCGGAUUGCCCAGGCAGAGGCGAUCCUGACGGGCGCUGACCGCAGCUCGAUGACGAUGCCGCCGCGCAUCCGCCGGCCCUCGCUGCCGUCGCAGCAGAGGCUGGCCUCGGAGCUGCUGGCCCACCAGCCCUCUGCUCCGCUCGAGCCGUCGCCCUCCUCUCGAUCAAAGGUGUCUCGAGUCGCCGUGCCCGGAGCGGCACCGAUCGCGGGUGCUUCGGUGCUCGACUCGCCCGCCUCGACGCGGUCUGCGAGGGCGCGCAUGUCUCCGGGUGUCUUCUUUUGA